GCUCCGGUGUCGCGCGGCCGCCAUAUUUGCACCGGACGAACACGAACGUUAUAAAACCCGCGCGCUGCAGGUGAGCUACCUGCGUUACCGAGGCAGCUACCCCCGCGAGACUCCGCGAGACUCCACGAGACUACGCGAGACUGAAGAUGUCGCUGGUGGACCUCGGGAAGCGUCUGCUGGAAGCGGCUCGGAAAGGUCAAGACGAUGAGGUCAGGAACCUGAUGGCCAACGGAGCGCCGUUCACCACCGACUGGUUGGGGACGUCGCCGCUCCACCUCGCCGCUCAGCACGGCCAUUACUCCACCGCCGACGUCCUGCUGAGGGCCGGCGUCAGCAGAGACGCCCGCACCAAAGUGGACCGCACGCCGCUGCACAUGGCGGCCGCCGAGGGACACACGGUCAUCGUGGAGCUGCUGGUCCGGAGCGGCGCCGACAUCAACGCCAAAGACAUGCUGAAGAUGACGGCGCUGCACUGGGCGGCGCAGCACGCUCACCACGGCGUCGCUGAGACGCUCAUCAAACACGGCGCCGACGUCCACGCGCUCAGCAAGUUCGACAAGACGCCGUUCGACAUCGCCGUCGACAUCCAGAACACCGAGCUGAUGCUGCUGCUGCAGGAGGGCAUGCAGAACCAGGUGAACAUGAACCAGGUGAGCAUGAACGUGGAGACCAGCUCCACCAACAACCAGCCGCAGUUCAUCAUCCAGGGGAUCCCCGGCCUCCAGGGGGGGGUGGUGAACCUCGCCGAGCUGCUCAACAAGGCCAACGCAGGAGACUCGGAGGAGGCCAUGGCUGCCAGCGCCCUGGACUCCAACAUCCAGCACGCCACCGUGGUCAACGAGGGGGGUCAGAGGGUCAUCACCAUAGUGACGGACCAGCACGGCAACCUGCAGACCACGGGGGGGAUGGCGCCGCCGUUCUUCGUCACCAUGCAGCACGGACAGCAGAUGCUGGCGGUGCCGGCCAACACCGUGACGGAGGAGGUGGUGACGGAGGAGCCUCAGGCUCUGCCCUCCAGGAAGAGGAAGCUGGAGGUGACCAACAACCACAACGACUCUGGAGAGACGGAGUUGUUGCAGAGGCAGCUGCUGGAGGCCAACAGGAAGGCUCAGGAGUACCGUCAGCAGCUGCUUCGUAAGGAGCAGGAGGCGGAGGAGUAUCGCGUCAAGCUGGAGGCCAUGUCCCAAACUCAGGCCAACCACGCCGCCGCCAUCGCUGCCGCCAACGCCGCCAGCCCCGAGGAGGUGGUGGGAGGGGAGGAGGACGAGGAGGAGGCUGCGGCCGGCAUGGUGGAGGAGGAGGGGGAGAUGGUGGUGCUGCAGGAGGGAGGCAUCAUCAUGGAGGGGGAGGAGGGUCAGGUGACGCUGGUGGAGACGGGGGGAGAGACGACGGAGGUCAGCUCCUAACAGAGAGGAGGUGGGGGGGGAUCAUAACGGGAGGAUUUCAGGUGUGCACCAUUUUGAAUCCCCAAAAGACAACACAGAGGUGGAAUAAAAUGGCUCCCCAGAACCAGAAUGACCACUGAAAACAGACUUAACAAAGAAAGCAGAGGAGUUUGGUCGUGCACCAUUUGGAAUCCCUGAAAAGUUUUGAUGAUAACACUUCACGGAGGGAAACAAAAUGGCUUCCCCAAAAGGAAGUAGAAGACGGAACAAACAUGAUGGAGGAGUUUAGUCCGGCACCAUUUUGAGUUCCAGCUCUAACUGAAUGCCUUCUUAAUGCGGGAUGCAAAAUGGCUGCUGCAGAAAACGAAGCGUCAUAGAGAUGGAGACCAACCGAGGAGGGAAAAACCCGACAGCAUGUUCACUUUUUUUGUGUAAAACCAAAUCGGCAAAAUGAAAAUAACGACAUGGGGUUUAGGACAACGGUCCCUGAAGGCAGCCAUGUCUGUUCCCUGGACGACGCACCAUUCUGCUUCCCCAUGCGACCCUGAGUGAGCAAUUUUAAAGAUCACUAAACCUGAUACUCAUACAGAAUUAAGACUUAGUUUUUUUCUAUAUACAUUUUCCUCCUGGUUUUUUUUUGUUAAACCCAUUUUUAUCCCUUUUAUAGCCACGAUGUUCAUUUCUUUGUCAGUUGGUUGUUCAUCUGAUGCCUUUAUAACUCUAAGUCUUGAUCAAUUGGGGCCACGUUAAACCUUCUAGAAACCCAGCGACUCAAACGUCCCUGAAGCUAGCGCCAUUUUGCUUCCCAAAAGAAAAAGCAUCUUUUUCCGGGAUUCUUUGGACACUAAAAGAACUCACUCUGGACUGCUCUCCUACUUUUUAAUUUUAUGUUUUUGUUGUUAAUAAUCAGUUUUGUUGUCGGAUCUGAUGUCAUCAUGUUUGAGAACAAACUCGUUUGAUUUACACAACGUGAGCGAGGAUGCCAAAUGGAGCCGUUUGUGAAGCAAAGGGAACUAUUUAUGGGGGAUAAAUCGCUCACGUUCUCACCUUUUUUUGUUCGGUGGUUUUCCCAACAAAAAUAUUAAUGUUUGAACAUAGAAAAACUCGUCUUCAUUCCCGGACUGAACCAGAUCCAUCAUGGAAGCCUUUGGUUUGAUCAGUUAAAGUCCUCAAACGUCCAAAACCCAAAGAGAUUCCUGUCCUAGAAGAUAAAAACAUUAAAGAACCUGUGACUGGUUGAUUUUGAGCCUUUUUGAUUAAAAUGACUGAAUAAAUAUCAGAAUGAUUGUCAUUAACCAUCUAUCUCCAGGUAGUUACCAUCGGCUGUGGUUCUAUGAACAGUCGGAGAACAUCUUGACUUUCACUCCUUUUAAAGGUGAUUCCGCCUGUUUUUAGCCCUUUAAUUAAUCUCACAUUUACAUUCCUGUUGAAUAUUUCACUCGUCAGCUUUUACACUCGACUUCCUUCCUUCCAGCUGAUGUCGGUUUCCUUUUGUUCAAACGUCAUCUUUUUUGUUUUGGUCAGAGUUAUGGUGUAGAGAUUUAUAACCCUGGUGAGUUCAAGGACACUCCGAGAUCUGAACGUUUUAGAAAUCCGCCACUUCUAACUUCCUGUUUAGUUCACUAAAACUUCUCACGGGAUGUGUUUUGAAUAAAAACACAACUUGUUAAUGCUUAACGUAGCAAGUAAAGAUAAUUAAGGGUGGAAAAGAGGAAAUGAGACAUAUUUUAUAUUUCUACAGGACUAAGAACAAACGUCCUUUAACGUCAUAACUUUAACAAACACUUUAAUAGGAAUCAUUUUUCUGCCUGGAAGGAAGGAAACCAGGUUAAAUCUGUUUCAGUCUCAGUUUGUUGUUUAGAAUAUGAAACGUGUGAAGUCGUCCGCGUGGACUUUAAAGACCUCCGUUUGUUUGUGUUUCCUGUCCCGCUGGUAAAGCAGUCAUUGAUCACUUCCUGUCAGCUGAUCGACUCCUCGUUUCUGAUCAGCGCUUCAUUUGAGUUGAGUGUGAUAGUUAUUUUUAUAAGCUCAGCAAAGCCAACCCUUUUUCUAUGUACAUAUAAAGUUGUAUUUUUGUAACUGUACCUGAAUGCUUCACGGCGAUGAUGAUGAUGAUGAUGAUGAUGGCGGCCUGCAUUGGUAAUCUGAAAUAUAAACACUUGCUUUUUGAACUUUGUUGUGUUUUUGAUGCUUUAAAUCAGCGACACUUGAACGUGGCGCGAUGCGUUCAGGUGAUUGAAAUGACGA